CCGCGACGCCCAGUAAGAGCCAGGUCGGCCGCACGGUCGCCGUCACCACGGCUAAGACCAACAGCUCGACGGCCGGGACCCGGGGUCUGAUGAGGCGGUUUCUGUGGCCCUUCGGCACAGCCUCACCCGUCGCCAAGAGCACCGGGCCGCAAUGGCGUCCACCCGAGUCGUGCUUCAACGUGACCGUGGUGACGUGCGACUUCGAGUCGUUCCGGGAGCGGGCCUUCUACGUGGCCGAGUCCUCGUACGGCGGCUUCUUCUGCACCGAGUGGCUGCAGCACACGCACUGCCCUGUCAACGAGGACCGCUUCAGCGUCUACAGCCACUGCGACUCGAAGUGCAAAGCCACCUCGGGCGAGAAAUGCGACGAGCCGAGGUUCCGGCUGUGCACCACGGCCGACAAGGUGUACCAGUACUACUACAACCAGGGCAAGUGCGAGCCUCUGGACAACGACGAGACGGGCUGCCUGGCCGGCAGGAACCGCUUCGAGAACGGGGACGCCUGCACGCAGGCCUGCGGUGGUCGUCGCCGGUGUCAAGGGCCAUCACCACGGGUAUCAGCGGCCGAGGUCUCGGCGCAAGCCGAAACAGAAGCCGAAAGUCAAGUCAAGAAGCAAGCCGACCCGCGCAGCACGCAGCAUGCAGGCCGGCGAUUCCAAGCGCCCCGCCGCCUCUGGCCACAGGAAUGACUCGCACAAAAUAUCGGCCGCCGGAAGCUCCUUAUCGUCCAGCGCCGUUGGCGUCGUCCCUGUCAUGGCGCGCUGGGAGCGCCGUCUGUUCCGGAACGGAAACCGACUCGUCCGUUGGUGUCGCCACGGUGUCUCCCGAACCAAGCGCACGCUCUUCGAAAGAAAUUACAACGAUGGAAUACACGCCGUACGAAGACAACGGACCAGCCGACGAACGCUGCGAGCGGGCCGCCAAGCUUCGUCCGUGCUCCUCGCGCGACAUGACCUUCACGGUGCACUUCUCGGUGCGCCCAGGAAGAGUCGGCACCUGCGUGAAGCUAUCGGCUAACGUGUCCCGCUGCCUCCGCGGAGCAAACCGAUUCCGGACGCUCCGUGACUGUGAGGCUGCCUGCAAUCAUACUCGAUCGGUGGCGCCGCUCAAAACGCCCUCGAACAACGCUACGACUUCGACAGCGACGACGGCCCGUAGCCGUAGCCAUCGGCGGCGCCGGUGCGACGCCCCGGUGUCGUUUGGCCCGUGCUCUGCGGCCGACCGCCGGCGGAAGUCGUCGGCCAACUUCGCCUUCGAGCACGGACGCUGUGCGGCGCUGCGGGGCAGCUGCGCCGACGCGGGCUUCUCCACACUGAGACAAUGCCAGUCCGCGUGCUUGAAGAACGAUCCAUUGCAGAUCGGCGAAUCCGUUAACUCUACGCUUGCGUCGUGACCUUGGCACGACUUGCAACCUACCUCACUACGCCGAAUUGAAUCUAACAAAAUAAAGCGGAAAGAAAUCAAUACGGAAAACUUAACGUUGCGCUUAGCUGAAAAGAAACACGUGGAACCAAUUUCUGACGUAUCGUACGUGUCGCGACGCCCGGCCGUACUUCAUGCUGUACUUUGGUCAAGAUGCAUAUUUUGACGGAGUGAUCAGUGAAUUUGGUUUCCUUACACUAUUGCUAGCGUUCCUGUUAUGCGUCCAUUAUAGGAGGCCCAGAAGGCCAGAAUAUUAGGAAUGGAAAGUUCCUCCUCCUCAAUACAGCCUGCUUUGCGAUGCCCACUGUCGUUUUCGUUCACUACAGUUUUGCGUCUACUGUGGCUUCCGAAACACAUGCACAGACACUACCACUCUCGAAGUCUCUGUGUCAGCAUCUAUUUCUCACCCUUUCUCUCACGCGCGUCUGUCUCCCAGCUCCAUAUUGCUGUAACGGCAUGACUUCGAUACGUAUGUGGCAGUGGCGGACAACUAGGUUCGUUUUACAACGCUAGCUUUCUUCAGCUACUUCGGCUGCUUUAAAUGGCUGGACUGUCUCGCACAGUGGACAGCGACACAUACCCAGUGACACUUGUGGUUUCCGAGUUUGGGCCACGCAUAUACGUGUGCAUACUGACCGCUGUCUUCCCGAGCGGACUACGUGGACCACUGGGUAUGUGGCUGAACAGACGACCUCUGCACUUUUCUUAUGUCUCCAUUCUCGGCCAUUCCUCUAGAACGGACGUGUCAUGGUGACACAGGGAUUGUCGCCUUGAAGUAAACUAAAGCGAUAGCGACCAUUACGCAACAGACAGCUCCGCCGUAGUUUCGAAGGGUCGCGCUCAAGCGGACGCGCUGGACGCUGAAAAUGGGCAAUACUAAUUGGACGGCCAUUGCAAGUUGCAGCCACUACAUAUGCUAGGGAUAAUAGGGGUUGCCAAGGAGCUUCAGCUAUGGUGCAGCGAUUACAAGAUUUAGCGUGUUGUGGUACAUAAUUUGGCAUUGUGGUUGGCUGCAGCGAGACUGCCGCUUCAUUUGUCCGGUGAUGUGCCCUUAAGAUGUAGCGAUUCGGAGUGGGCGGGGGGUACACAUGCAACGUGUCACAAGAGAGAG